ACCCACACCACAUUUCCUUCAUCAAAGCCGAAGCAAAACCGAGAACAUUUAAACCCUAUUGUCGUUUGGAGGGAUCUUUCCCCCUACUCACUCCCCUUCGUGAUCUCCAUCUACGGCCUCUUCGUUUUUCUAAGGUGUUUCAUGAUAUCGAUCUCUACCCGUUCCCCUUUGAUGGUUUUGAAGUUUUGAUUUCUAGUCUGGAAGUGAUGCAGGCUGCAAGACGACUCUCCUUUUUAUCUAAAAACUCUUCUUUUUCUGAUUCUAAGAAGAACGUGUUCUACAAAAUAACAACUGCAGUAUGUGAAUCAAACAUCCGAUGCAGUAGGGCUUUUGCUGCAUCUGCCCCGUCUGGUGCAUCAAAACGUGAAAGCAAUUGUAAACGGGUACCACUAGAUGAAAGGAGAGGGAUGGUGGAAGCUUUUGUUGAAAAUUACAAGACAUUGAAUGGAGGAAAAUUUCCUACAAUUACUGAAAUUCGUAAGCAAAUGGGAGGUUCUCACUACACUAUUAGGAGGUUGGUGCAGGAACUAGACCACAAAUCUAAAACCUCCCAUGUCAGCGAGGCUGACCAGCAAUUAUUGCAAACCAAAGUUCCUAAGAUAGAAGAUCAAGGUUUUACCAAGGUUGAAGAGAUCACUAGCACAGAACCAGCAGUGGAUCUGAAGAGCCAUGAACUGAGCUCAACAGUUAAGGAGGAGCCUUCAACAAUCAUCAUUACAAAUGAUGUAGAAGCAAAAGUAAAGCCUGAAGUUUGCCAUCGUGCUGAGAAACCUUUGACUGGAGAGGCUGCAGAGGUCAAGUCUUCAACCGUAAUCAUUAGCAGUGAUUUAGAGGCAAAAGAAAAGCCACAGAUUCCCAAUUAUGUUGAGAACUCCUUGAGUGGAGAGACUGUAAAACCUUGUGAUAGUGCUAAAGAAGCAGCUAAGUCUGAAAGAUCUUUGGGUAUUAAUGGUUUGAAAGAAGAGGUCGUGCAUGGUUCAGAUGGUUCGGAAGAAAAGGCCAAGUCUUCGACCAUAAUCAUUAGCUGUGAUUUAGAAGCAAAAGAAAAGCCACAGAUUCCCACUUAUGUCGAGAACUCCUUGAGUGGAGAGACUGCAAAACCUUGUGAUAGUACUAAAGAAGCAGCUAUGUCUGAAAGAUCUUUGGGUAUUAAUGGUUUGAAAGAAGAGGUCGUGCAUGGUUCAGAUGGUUCGGAAGAAAAGGCCAAGUCUUCGACCAUAAUCAUUAGCUGUGAUUUAGAAGCAAAAGAAAAGCCACAGAUUCCCACUUAUGUCGAGAACUCCUUGAGUGGAGAGACUGCAAAACCUUGUGAUAGUACUAAAGAAGCAGCUAUGUCUGGAAGAUCUUUGGGUAUUAAUGGCUUGAAAGAAGAGGUCGUGCAUGGUUCAGAAGAAAAGGUCAAGUCUUCAACAAUCAUCAUUAGCAAUGACGUAGAAGCAAAAGAAAAACCACAGGUUCCCACUUAUGUUGAGAACUCCUUGAGUGGAGAGACUGCAAAACCAUGUGACACUGGUAAAGAAGCAGCUAACUCUGAAGGCUUGUUGAGUUCAGAUGGUUCAACAGGAGUCGCUCAAGAAGACCUGGAAGGAGAUGAGCUUUCGAGAAACAUAUUAAGCAAGAAGUCAAAGGAGGUACCAAAUAUUUGGGGAAAGCUGAGGUCCUUUGCUGGUGAUGUCAUUAAAUUGUGGAGAAAGCUGUAAAUUGCUUCAAGGUGUAUCAGAAGUUACAGAGAACUAUCUGCAGGACAAUGUCUAUAAAUUAGGAAUAAGUCCCUCAAAUAUUUGGCGGAACUCGUCAGGCCUAAUAGAAAGAAAAAGGAAAUUGAGGUAGUAACUUUGUAGGUAUCUUUUGUGAAGAUUCAACUCUUGAUCAGUACUUAGAUUAUACUAAUCAACACUUGAUCAACAAUGUAGAAAAUGAUAGUUCAGCGAUCCAAUAUGUAGAAAAUAUGAAGGCCAUUUUUUGAAAAUAUGUUGAGAUGAUACUUCAGUCUGAAAAGAAGCCCUACAG